CCUAUUCCUAAAUCCUACCUAUAACUAGUAUUCAAUCUUACAUCAUAACCUUUUAGAAUAGUUAGAUGAAUUAAAUGGUACCUAGCUGCCUGCCUUUUUCAAAGAGGUGCUCAUUAUUUGAACCCCCUAAAAGAAGCCUACUUUGGUAUACGAUAUGAGCGAUUUCUCUUCGACGGUUUGGUGAUUCUCAGUCAACUACCUACCUAACUUGGUAGGUACCUAGGUAUCGACACCAUAAUCGUCUAAUCGUCUUCACAAUGUUCCAAACCUCUCUUACGUGCCUCCUAUCGGUGGCCGCGCUGGCAUCUGCGAUGAUGCCCAUAAGAAACAUCAUGUACCUUACAGGACAACAUCCCAUUACGCCUGAGCUCCAUCUCAGCUCUCCCAUCACCCAUGUAGCCAUGGCUUUUAUGAGUCCUGACCUCUUUAACUGGCCUCCCGGAAAUUCUACCUGGCCUUUGUUUAUGACCGUCGACGAAGCCCGCUCCAAAUUCAACCCCGGAACCAAAGUAAUCGUAGCCGUUGGGGGCUGGGGUGAUUCGGCUGGCUUUGAUAUAGGCGCUCGUACAAAAGAGAGCCGCGAGAGGUUUGCUCAAAACGUAGCUGCUAUGGUUCACGACACGGGUGCCGAUGGUGUCGAUAUCGACUGGGAAUAUCCAGCGGGCAACGGCGAGGACUGGAAAAAGGUUCCCAAUAAAGAAAGAGUCUGGCAGAUUGCUGCUUACCCCGAGCUCCUCGCCGAGAUACGCAAAGCCCUGGGCCCUCGAAAAAUUAUUUCGGCGGCCGUGCCGGGUCUUCAGAGAGACAUGCUCGCCUUCACGGCCGAGACCGUUCCCCGUAUCAUGGAAUCCCUCGACUUCUUGAACGUCAUGACUUACGAUUUGAUGAACCGCCGCGACAACGUGACCAAGCACCACACCGGCGUUCGAGCAAGCCUAGACUCGGUCCACGCGUACCUGGAUAGGGGUGCGACGCGCGAUAAGAUUAAUCUCGGCUUUGCGUUUUACGCCAAAUAUUUCCGCACCGAGCUCGCGCUGUGUGUAGAGGACCCUAUCGGCUGUCCCACGGGUUUGAUGGAGGAUCCGGAGACCGGCGCUGAUCUCGGCCGAGGCGGAGCCUUUUCGUGGCGGGAUGAAGUCCCUCGAGACGUCGAGUCGUCGUUAAACAAAGCCGUGACGAAGGGGAGUUACGACGAAGUUGGGGGUGGUUACUAUUACUGGGACCAAGACGAGGCUAUCUGGUGGACGUUUGACACUCCCAUGGCGGUCGCCGAGAAGUUUCCUCGGAUCGUGGAGAAGGAAAAGCUAGGGGGAGUUUUCGCGUGGGGAUUGGGCGAAGAUGCCCCUGAAUGGGCUCAUCUCAAGGCGCUCAACGGCGGAGUAAGGAGGCUAUCUAUCAGAAAAGAGGAGCUAUAGAUAUGUACAUACCUAUUACCUGUUACCUUACUUUAAACCCCCCAAAUAAGCACUCCGGUGGUGCUAAAAGUGUGUAACUCUCCCGUUUAGCCUGCAUUUCUAUAGCAGAGGCUGUGUCCAACUAUUGUUACCUGCCUACCUCUACCUACCUACCUAGCUAGCUAGCUAGCUAGGU